AUGGUUAGAAAACAAAUUAACGAUAAUACAACGAAACGUGGUCGUAUCAUUAAUACAACUCACAUGAUACCUUAUGACCCAAUAUUACUAUCCGAUGUAAAGGAUGACAAAUAUCAAUGGGAUUUAAAGCCACGAGACGAUUAUUCUGCUCUUUAUUCUGGUGUCAGUUCUUUAGAUUCGGAAUGGGAGAAUUAUCAUGUUGGUUUUAUUGGUCCUGUUUAUGAAAAUCCCGAAAAAAGUAUCGAACCAAGUGAUCAAACAGACAAAUUAAAAGCAAGUUUGGUAAAGACCUUGGCCGAAAAAAAAAUUGUACCUGUUUUUCUUGAUGAUGCAGAACAUCAUGGACAUUAUGAAGGUUAUUGUAAAAUUGUAUUAUGGCCGUUAUUUCACUAUAUUUUAUGGGACACUGCCACUGAUGGUAGAAUAGAAGCAUUAAAUUGGAUGAAUUAUGUAAAGGUUAAUCAACGAUUUACUGACAAAAUUGUGGAAAUAUAUAGACCUGGUGAUUUAGAAAGGAAUGAAAUAUUGAAUGGAAUGUUAGGUGCCAAUCAAAUAGGAUUUCAGACAUAUUCAUAUUCAAAACAUUUUAUAAGUAGUUGUACUCGUGUUUUGGGAUAUGAAUCUACGCAAAAUGGUGAAACCAGUAAAGAUAAGUAUAUAGCAGGCACUAUUGAUGCAAGAGAUUCAAUAGUAACUAUAGGAACAUUCCCAAUUGGGAUUGAUGCUGAGAAAGUUGAAGAACAAAGAAAACUCCCUGAAGUUGUGACAAAAAUGGAAGUGAUCCAAGAAAUGUAUGCUGAUAAGAAGAUCAUUGUUGGUAGAGAUAAGUUAAACCAAGCCAAAGGCGUCAUUCAAAAACUAGUUGCUUUUGAAAAUUUUCUAUCAUUGUAUCCAAUAUGGAAUAAUAAAGUAGUUUUAAUUCAAGUCACUACACCUGCACUUAGUGAUUCACCAAAAUUAGAGCGCAAGGUUUCAGAACUUAUUGCUCAUAUAAAUGGCAAAUAUGGUUCAUUAGAAUUCACACCUGUACAUCACUAUCACAACAAAAUUGGUCAGGAUGAAUAUUAUGCACUUUUAAAUCUAGCAGAUAUUGGUCUUAUAACAUCAAUUCGUGAUGGAAUGAAUACUCUUUCAUUGGAGUAUAUAGUGUGCCAACAAGAAAAUCAUGGAUCUUUGAUAUUAAGUGAAUUCACUGGAAUGGCAGGUUCACUUGAUGAUUUGAUUAUGGUUAACCCUUGGGAUUACACUGGUCAACUAUAUAAACAUGUUACUACUCAUACUGCUCAAUUUUGGGCAAAUUCGUUUGUUGAAGAGCUUAAAAAAUCAAUCAUAGAUCAAGAACAAUCAAGCAUUGUUCCAUUUCUCAAUACAAAUAGAUUAAAGGAACUUACAGAUGAUCCUAAAAAUAAAGUUUGGAUAAUUUCAGGACGUGAUACUUAUGCAUUAGAUAAAUGGCUUGGUGACAUUAAAAAACUUGGAUUUAGUGCUGAACAUGGUGGUUUUAUAAAAAGUCCCGAAAGUGAUGAAUGGAUUAACCUUAUGAAAGAUAUUGAUAUGAGUUGGAAAGAUGACGUACUUGAAAUAUUCACAUAUUAUAAAGAACGCACUCAAGGAUCAUUUGUAGAACAUAAAAAUUCUUCGAUUACUUGGCAUUAUCGUCAAGCAGAUCCUGAAUAUGGAGCAUUCCAAGCUAAAGAAUGUCAAAAUCAUCUUGAAAGUGCAAUCAUUUCCAAAUUACCAAUUGAGAUACUAUCAGGUAAAAAAAAUCUAGAGGGUGAAAUUGUAAAGUAUCUUUUGGAAAGUCAUCCGGAUGUUGAUUUUGUAUUUUGUGCAGGCGAUGACAGAACAGACGAAGAUAUGUUUAAAGCAAUAAAAAAGUCUCAUUUACCAGAUGAUAGUUAUUUUUGCACAAUGGUUGGUUCUGCAAAUAAAAAAACUUUGGCUGGAUGGCGUGUCAAUUCACCCCAAGAUAUUAUUCAAACCAUUAAGAAAAUGGUUCAAACAUCAAGGUAA